AGCUUUUCAUAUUGAAAAUGGCAGACAUAUAUAUGGCAUGCAUAUAUGGCAUAUAUAUGGCAGAUAAAGCCUUUCAUAUUAAUUUCUUUCACUUAGUAAUAUGUCUUUUCAUGUCUCCAUAGCUCAUUUCUUUUUAUUGCUGAAUAAUGCCCCUUUGUCCAGAUGUGCCACAGUUUAUUUAACCAUUCGCCUCUGAGGGCCAUCUUGGUUUUUCCCAAGUUUUUGCCAUUAUGAAUAAAACUACUAUAAGCACCCGCACAAGUUUUUGUGUGACAUAAUUUUAAAACUCCUUUGGGUAAAUACCAAGGAACACAAUUGCUGGAUCAUACGGUAAGAGUAUGUUUAGUUUUGUAAGAAGCUGCCAAACUGUCUCCCAAAGUGUCUGUACCAUUUUGCAUUUCCCCCAGCAGUGAAUGAGAGUUCCUGUUUCUCCGCAUCUUCGCCGACCCUUGGGGUUCUCAGUUUUCUGGACUUUGGCCAUUCUAAUAGGCCUGCCUUCUCAGAACACUAUCCUUUUUCAGGAGAACAGCCCCAAGGAGGACUGAUCGUCUCCUACAAUAUUGAAAGCCAUGGCCCAGGGACCAGUGGUGUUCAGUGAUGUGUCUGUAGACUUCUCUCAGGAGGAGUGGGAAUGUCUGGACCCUGCUCAGAGGGACUUGUACAAGGAUGUCAUGUUGGAGAACUACAGCAACCUGGUGUCCAUGGGACUUUACAUUCCUAAGCCUCAAGUUAUCUCCUUAUUGGAACAAGGGAAAGACCCCUGGAUGGUUGGCAGAGAGCUGACGAGAGGCCUGUGUUCAGAUCUGGAAUCAAUGUGUGAAACCAAGUUACUGUCACUUAAGAAGGAAGUUUAUGAAAUAGAAUCAUGCCAGAGGGAGAUAAUGAGACUUACCAAGCAUGGCCUUGAAUACGCCAACUUUAGAGAUGUUCUAGAAUAUAGAAGCCACUUUGAAAGACAACUGGGAUAUCAAAAUGGGCAUUUUGGCCAAGAGAUAUUCACUCAUGAAUACAUGCCCACAUUUAUUCAACAGACAUUCUUUACUCUACAUCAAAUAAUUAACAAAGAAGAGAAACCCUAUGAAUGUAAGAAAUGUGGAAAGGUCUUUAGUCAGAAUUCACAGUUUCUUCAACAUCAGAGAAUUCAUAUUGGCGAAAAAUCUUAUGAAUGUAAGGAGUGUGGGAAAUUUUUUAGCUGUGGCUCACAUGUUACUCGACAUCUGAAAAUUCAUACUGGUGAAAAACCCUUUGAAUGUAAAGAAUGUGGAAAGGCCUUCAGUUGUAGCUCAUACCUUUCUCAACAUCAAAGAAUUCAUACUGGUAAGAAACCCUAUGAAUGUAAGGAAUGCGGAAAGGCCUUUAGUUAUUGCUCAAAUCUUAUUGACCAUCAGAGAAUUCACACUGGGGAGAAGCCUUACGAAUGUAAAGUAUGUGGGAAAGCCUUUACUAAGAGCUCACAACUUUUUCAACAUGUGAGAAUUCAUACCGGUGAGAAACCCUAUGAAUGUAAGGAAUGUGGGAAAGCUUUCACUCAGAGCUCAAAGCUUGUUCAACAUCAGAGAAUUCACACAGGUGAGAAACCCUAUGAGUGCAAAGAAUGUGGCAAAGCCUUUAGCAGUGGCUCAGCACUUACUAAUCAUCAGAGAAUUCACACCGGGGAGAAACCCUAUGAUUGUAAGGAAUGUGGGAAGGCCUUCACUCAGAGCUCACAGCUCCGUCAGCAUCAGAGAAUUCAUGCUGGUGAGAAACCUUUUGAAUGUCUUGAAUGUGGGAAGGCCUUUACUCAGAACUCACAACUUUUUCAACAUCAGAGAAUCCAUACAGAUGAAAAACCAUAUGAAUGUAAUGAAUGUGGAAAGGCCUUUAAUAAAUGCUCAAACCUUACUCGACAUCUCAGAAUUCAUACUGGUGAAAAACCCUAUAACUGUAAGGAAUGUGGGAAGGCCUUUAGUAGUGGCUCAGACCUCAUUCGUCAUCAGGGAAUUCAUACAGGAGAAAAACCCUGUAGCUGUCCCCAGAGUGGCCAAGACUUCAGCCGGCUCAGAAAGCUUGUAAUUCACCAGCGAACGCAGAAGGGAAAGAAGCUCUCACCAUGUGACGAGUGUGGAGGAGCCUUCAGUGAAAGGACAACAGACCUUAACUUUCCUGUGCCCCUCCCAGGGGAAAAGCUCCACCACUGUGUGGAGUGGUCCAGAGUCUUCAACUCAGGAUCUGCUCUGAGAAGGCACAAGAAGGACCACAUGGGAAAGAAAGCUCACACGUGUGAGGAAUGUGGGAAGGACUUCAGCCACAGCUCCAGCCUCUCCAUCCACCAGCAGGUACACACGGGUGAGAAGCCCUACAGAUGUGGUGUGUGCGGGAGGGACUUCAGCCGCAGCUCCAACCUCUCUAUCCACCAGCGCAUCCACACAGGGGAGAAACCCUUCAGGUGCCGUGACUGUGGCAAGGACUUCAGCUGCAGGGCAGCCCUGCAGAUCCACCAGAGGGUCCACACGGGAGAGCGACCCUACAGGUGUGCUGCUUGUAGGAGGAACUUCAGACAUCACUCAGCCCUCAAGAGGCACCAGAGGGUGCACACAGGGGAGAAGCCCUGUCCUUGUGCUGUGUGUGGGGAGGGCUUCAGUCAGAGAGUCCACCUGCAGACGCACCAGAAGACGCACUGUAGGGAGAUGCGUCCAGGAUUGGGCUCCGCGCAUGCAGGUGCCUUCCAGAGCUGAGGGAAUGCCAGGGCGUGGGAGCAGAGGUGCAUGGCAUGGAUCAGGCUUAAUGGUCCAUGGUGCUUUUUAGUGUGUACCCAGAAAGGAACAGAGAUUAUGUGUGCCAGUUGAUAAAUUUUCACAUAGUGAACACACCUGUGUCCAGCACUUGGCAGGAGAAAUGGAACAUUCCCAGCCCUCCCAAAAGACCCCUACUAGUUGCCCCUUUCCAUUCACGACCCCACAGAGGGAAUCACCGUCCUGACUUGUAAAACCACAGAUUAGUUUUGCAAGUUCUAGAAUAUCAUAUAAGUGGAAUUAUAUAGUAUAUAAUCUUUGAUGUAGGGAGAUUUAUUCACUUAACAUCUGCAAGAAUCAUUCAUGUCGUUGCACGUAUUUAGAAGUUUAAUUUUAUUAUGUAGUAGUAUUCCAUUGUAUGAAUGAACCACUGUUUGUCCAUUCAUCUGUUGAUGCACGUUUACAUUUGGGUUAUUUCCAGGUUUUGGUUGUUGUAAAUAAAGUUGCUGUGAAUAUUUGGUACACAUCUUUGUGUACAAAUAUUCUUUAGUUUCUCUUGGGUAUAUACUUAGGAGUAGAAUUGAUGGGUAUACCAAAACUUUUUUAAAAACUGAGCUUAUUAAAAUCCAAAAAUACAUGAUUAAUUUUCACUACAUAUCAAUAUACAUAUUAUGUCAUCAAAUAGUAAUGCCUUGUACAUUGGAUUUUUACUUAUACUUGGAAAUUUUCAAACAAACGUAGACAUGGAACAGUAUAUCAAACACACAUAUCCCCAUCACCUAGCUUCAAUAAUAAAUUCAGGAUAAAUUCUGUUUUCCCUGUUCCACCUUCCCUCACACACAAUUCUGAGGUAAUUUAAAGCAAAUCAUAGACUAGGAUAUUGUGCCAUCUGUAAAUACUUUAGAUCUUCAAAAAAAAAGAUGUAUUAAAAAUUUUCUUUCAUAGAAUCACUCUUUUGCUUUAAAAUUUUUUAUAUUGAAGUGAAAUUUAGAUAACAUAAAAUUCACUGUUUUAAACAUUUCAGAAUGUACGUUUUAGUAGUUUUUAGUACAUUCACAACAUUUUGCAACCAUCACCACUGUCUAAUUCUGGAGGGUUUUCAUCAGGCCAAAAAGAUCCUCCAUUACUAUUUAUCAUUCUUCAUUCUCUCCUUCCCCCAGCCUGUGGCAACCACCAAUAUACUUUCUGUCUGUAUAGAUUUACCUUUUCUGGGCAUUUCAUAUUUAUGGAAUCAGACAAUAUGUAGCCUCUUAUAUCUGGCUUCUUUGAGUUAGCAUAAUGUUUUCAAGGUGCAUCUUUGUUCACAUAUCAGUACUUCAUUGCUUUUUUACGGCUGAACAGCAUUUCAUUGUAUGGAUAGACAGCAUUUCAGAAUCAGUUCUUUAGCUGAUGGACAUUUGGGUUUUACUUUGUGGCUUUUUUGAAUAAUACUACUAUGAACAUUCAUGUACAAGUUUUUCAUUGAGCAUAUGCUUUUUAAUUCUCUCGGGUAUUUAUGGAUAGGAGUUGGGAGAGUGGGUCAUAUGGUAAUUCUGUUUAACUGCUUGAGGAACUGCUGAAUUGUUUUCCAUAGCAGUUGUACCAUUUUACUUUUGCCACCAGCAAUGUAUGAGAGUUCCAGUUUCUCCACAUCCUCACCAACACUUGUCAUUUCCCAUUUGUCUGCUUUGUUUUUAAUCAUAGCCAUGCUAGUGUCUGUGAAGUGGUAUCUUAUUGUGGUUUUGAUUUAUUACAUUUUCCUAAUUACUGAUGAUUUGAAUUUCUUUUUAUGAAUUUAUUGGCCAUUUGUAUAUCUUCUUUAGAGAAAUGUCUAUUUAAGUCAUCUGGGACUGUCUUGACAUUUCUCCUCCUUUUCUUGAAGGAUAGUUUUACUGGAUAUAGAAAUCUUGGUUAUGAUCUUAUAAUCCUUUUUAUUUCUGUAAGGUCAGUAGUAAUGUCCCCACUUUCAUUCAUGAUAUUAGUAACUUGAGUUUUCUUUUUUCCUUAGUCUAUUUAAAGGUUUAUCAAUUUUGCUGAUCUUUUCAAGGAACUAACAUUUGGUUCUGUUGAUUCUCUAUUAUUUUUCUUUUCUCUAUUUUAUUUGUAUCCUUUCUAAUAUUUAUCAUUGCCUUCCUUCUGCUUACUUUAUGUUUAUUUGGUAUUUUUUCUAGUUCCUUAAGGUAGAAGUUUAGGUUAUUGAUUUGAGAUCUUUUUAAUGUAGCAUUUUACAGCUAUAGAUUUCCCUCUGAGUACUGCAUUAGCUGCAGCCCAUACCUUUUGUUGUGUUUUGUUGUUGUUGUUGUUGUUGUUGUUGUUAAUUGAAGUAUAGUCAGUUUACAAUGUUGUGUUAAUUUCUGGUAUACAGUAUAGUGAUUCAUUUAUACAUAUAUAUAAAUAUAUAUACUCCUUUUCAUGUUCUUUUUCAUUAUAGGCCAUUACAAGAUAUUAUAGUUCCCUGUGCUAUACAGUAGGACGUUGUUGUUUGUCUAUUUUAUGUAUAGUAGUAUCUGCUGUUGUGUUGUGUUUUCAUUUUCAUUCAUCUCAAAGUAUUUUCUAAAUUCUAUCAUGAUUUUUUUCUUUGAUCCCCUGGUUGUUUGAGAGAGUGGAUUUAAUUGCCAUUUAGAUGUGAAUUUUCAAAUUUCCUUCUGCUAUUAAUUUUUAAUUUCAUUCCAUUUUGGUCAAAGAAAAUACUUCGUAUGGUUUCAGAGUUUAUAUAUUUAUUGAGACUAGUUUUGUGGCCUAAUAUAUGGUCUACCCUGAUGAAUAUUCCAUAUAUACUUGAUAAGAGUGUUUAUUCUAAUGUUGUUGGGUGGAGUGUUUUGUAUAUGUCUGUUUGGUCUAGUUGUAGUUGUUUUUUGAUUCAUAUAGAAUCAAGAUGAGUUAUAGACCAAAAUUAUACUAAUACUGACUUUUAUAUUUACCUGUGUAGUCACCUUUAUUGGUAUUCUUUAUCUCUUCAUGUGGAUUUGAGUUGUCUAGUGCCGUUUCAUUUCAGCCUGAAGGGCUUUCUUUAGCACUUUCUAAAGGGCAUGUCAAUACUGAUGAACUUUCUCAGUUUUAAUUCAUCUGGGGCUAUCAUGACAAUUUCUCUUCCUUUUUUUGAUUUUUUUUUUAAUAUUUUACCAAAUAUAGAAAUCUUGGCUGACAGUUUUGGUUUUUCUUUUUCAACACUUUGAAUGUGUCAUCCCACUCUUUCUGGCCUUCAUGGUUUCUAAUGAGAAAUCAGCUGUUAAUCUUGUUAAUAUUCUUUGUACAUUUUGCCGCUUUAAAUAUUCUAUCUUUGGCUUUUGGCAGUAUGAUUAUAAUUUAUCUGUGUGUGAAUCGCUUUCAGUGUAUCCUAAUGAGGAGUUUCUUGAGAUUCUUAGAUGUGUAGAUCAUUAUUUUCAAAUAUUCUUUCUUCCCCUCCCCUUAUCCAGUUUGGAAUUACCAUUUUUGAGUAUGUUUGAAUGCUUGAAAUUGUCCCACAGACCUCAGGCUCUAUUCAUUUUUUUUUUUUUUUUUUUGUCUUUUUGCUCCUCAGACUAGAUAAUUUCAUUUGACUUGUCUUCAAGUUUGCCAGUUUUUUUUUUCUGCCUGUUCAACUCUACUAUUGAAUCUUCUAGUGAAUUUUUCAUUUCAAUUAUUUUAUUUUUCUGCUCUAAAUUCUCAGUUUGACUCCUGUAUAUAAUUUUUUUUUCUUUAUUGAUAUUUUCUUUUUGGUGAGAAAUUGUUCUCAUGGUUUCCUUUAGCUCUUUGAACAUAUAUAUAAGUAAUUCAUUUCAGGUCUUUUUGUGUUAGAUCUAAUGUCUGAGCUUCCUCAGGGACAGUUUCUGUUUCUUUUCCCAGUAUAUGAACUAUACUAUUUUUUGCAUGCUUUUUUUGUAGUUUUUUCUUGAAAACCAGAUAUCUUGAAUAUAAUAAUGUGGCAAGUCUGAAAAUCACAUUUGCCCCUUUCCCCUGGGUUUAUUUUUGGUUCUUGUUACAGUUGAUAUGACUAGUUUGUUUAGUGACUUAACUGAUUUUAUAGAAUCAAGUAUAUUGUUUUUCAUUUUCAAAUAUCUGUUCCAUUGUCUUGUGUUGAGCUAGCAAUUUGACCAAGAUUUCUUUUGCCUGGAACCAAAGAUAAUCACCCAGUCUUUGCUGAUGUACUGUAUCUGUGUUUGGCAUACCUUCAGACUUAGUUAGGCAAGUUGCAACUGUGUCUUGGCCUUCACUUCCUCCUUGCACAGAGCCUGAAGAUCAGCCAGAAGUGAAAGUUUAGGACUUUAUCUGUUAAAAACUCAUAUAGAUAUAAAUAGAAGGCUAUUUAUUGAAAUACUAGUUUUGGUGAUAAAAAAGUACUUUGACAUCUUAAAUUAUAUGUAAUUUAUAUGACACAUAUAUAUGUGGGAUAUAUAUAGGGAUGUGUGUGUGUGUGUGUGUGUGUGUGUGUGUGUGUGUAUACAUAUAUAUAGUCAUAUUAUCCUGUCAUUAUAUCCUGUCAUAUAAUGGAAAAUACUUUAACUCUUACAAGGAAUGAGUUUGCUCUUUAUCUACUGUCCUGAUGUGUUUCAUGGUAAACUGCUAUAUGAAAAAGUAAAAUGGUUUAUAAUAAAAUAAUGAAAACAAGAAACCUGGUAUAUACUUUUGUAUGUUUUCAAAUACUUACAUGAAUCCUGGAGAACAUUGUG